UCUCCAAUUCAAGAUUCCACCCCCUGGUCUGGAGUUCUUUGAAGUUGGAUGCAGAUUGGAACAGAAAAUUUUUUCGUCCUUUAAGCUAAUUUUAUUACGGCCACAAAGGGGGUUCAUUCGGUGAAUCUUUACUCAUCACAAUAACGAUAUGGAAGAAACCAAAGAUUAUCAACAUCUCCGGUCUCCUCAGAAGACUGAAUCACUGCCUACACAUCAGACUGUAGAAUUAAAAUUCUCUGUCCCCUGGGGUCACAUUGCAGGGAGAGCUUGGGGUGAUCCAUGUGGACAGCCAGUACUGUGUGUACAUGGCAUCCUCGACAAUGCAGGUAGCUUCGAUGGCCUUAUACCUCUUCUUCCAUCCAUAUUCUAUUGUGUGUGUGUUGAUUUGCCUGGCCAUGGUUAUUCAUCACAUUUUCCACAAGGGCUUCCUCUGGAUUUCAUGGAUUAUGUACUAGCCCUUGUCCGUGUUCUGAACCAGCUUCAGUGGGAGAGCUGUUGUUAUAUAGGACACAGCCUUGGUGGCCACCUUGGUCUGUACCUAUGUAGCUUGUGGCCAGAGAAAGUCAGGAAGCUGGUUUUGUUGGAUACUAUUGGUCCCAUGUAUGUGAAUGCUGGUAUGUAUCUCUCACACAAUAAUAUGAUGAUGGAAGAAGUUUUGACUAUUGAAAAAAAGUUUUCAAAGGAGAAGAGUCCUAGUUACAGUUACAAAGAGGCUCUAGACAGAGUGACGAUCAAUAGGUACAGCGAAAUAACAGAAGAAGUGGCUAAAAUUCUGCUAAGACGUUCCCUGAUGAAGAAUGAUGAUGGGACAUUUCGCUUCAUAACAGAUCAGCGUCUAAAAAGUGGUCUACGGCCAUUGCUGAAUGAAAGGCAACAGCAAUUGAUAUUGAAUGGUGCAAAAUGCCCCAUUCUGGCAGUUCUGUCAUCUCUUCCAAGGAUGAUAGGAACAAUAGAUGAUGUGAUGACAGAUUUUGAACUAUUCAACAGUAAACAGAAUUUUCAACGUAUCGAUGUGGAGGGGAGUCAUGAUUUGUACAUGAAUUACCCAGAAAGAGUUACUCCAUAUAUUGGCAAAUUUUUAAUUAAUCAGAGGUGCGCUCUGUGAUAAUGAAUUUCAGCUGAAAUAAAUCAGAAUUUUAGAUGCCUGUGCAUGGUUAUAGAGAUUGAUCAAGAAAUCACAGUCCACUGAACUUCAUGUAUCAUGGAAAUGUUUAUGAAAUAGGGGUAGAGUCUGUCAAGUACAAGAAACAGGAAAUUCAUUCACAAAGGCAGCCUGGCAUGCUAAGCAAGGACAAGUCAGAUAAUGUUUGAUAAUAAACACACAUUUUACUUGUUGAAAAGACAUCAGCUGCCCAUGCAUAAGUGGUGUACGAUGUAGACAACUGAGAGAAGUUACACACUGUGCUGGUUUACAGGGAGGGUAUGCAUACAUGAGUACAGUCUUCUGGGUUUAUCAACCUAACAUCAGUCUGACAGCUUGGAGGAACAUAUCACCUCCAACAUCAGGGUUGAAGCAGGUUACCUGCUUCUGCUGGGUUUUUGCUUGGCUUACUCUUAACUCAGCUUUGUUCCCAAAGAUGGAGGUGUAUGUUCCUGCAAAACAUCGGUUUUUUCUGAACUGCACAGUAUUAUAACCCAUACUCUUCACAGUCAUCACCAUGGAACAUUAAAUCCAAAACAUAAAAUUGGGGAGAGGGGUCCCCAGUAGACUGUUUAACAGCUACUGUGAAGCAAGCUAAUAUAGCAGCCUACCCAUUCAUGCAUACCAAUUCCCACACUGCUUUAAUUCCAGAUACUGUACUCUACUCGAACUGUGUAAUAACUGAUCAUGAAUUUCCUGUAUCAAAAUGCCAUGUGUGAGAUAAAGAUUGGAACAAGUGUUCAUAUGUGAUAGCUAUGAGGAGAGAGUUCUGCAAGAAAUUUAUGAAGAUUCUGCGAUAAAUUUCAGUAUGUUACAGUUCCACAUAGAAUGUUACUGACAGAACUAAAUUAAUUUAGAGACGCCUAUUACUGAGGGGUGUCUGGAACACUGUUUGCACUGGUGGCCUUCCAGAAAUGAAGUAGUGGUGCUAACCGGUCAACUGGGAUGUUUUGUAAUUUUGUUUCUAUCUCAAAUUUGUUAAUGUUUAUAGAGCUUUAUUUUGCUAUUUGCUACAUAAUACAGCUUUGUAACUAAUUUCAAAGAAUAUAUGAAGUUUACUAUGUACUAAACAGAA